AGGUUCAAAAUUUUCACCCUCCAAAACAAAAAUAUUGUAAAAAGAAAAUCUAAAAGAAAUGGUAACAAUGGACAUUUCCAAAAGUAAUUCUAAGGAGAGACUUAGCUUGUAUAAUCAUCUCAUGAAAAAGAUGAAAUUUAUGGAAGAAGAUCGAAUAGCAAGCUUUAAAAACUGGCAAUACAGCGAAAGCGAUAAAUGUUCUGUUCAAAAGAUGGCUGAGGCAGGAUUCUUUUACACAGGUCAUGGGGAAGAUGACGAUUCAGCAACAUGUUUUGUAUGUGGAAAAGUAUUAGAUGGAUGGGAAAGUAAUGACGAUCCUUGGGAGGAGCAUGAGAAACACGCACCAAAUUGCCGUUUUGUUAAUACUCAUUUAAUUCAAGAUGAUUACUCGGUCGAACAGCUUUUUAACUUAGCUGAAGUUGUCGUUAAAGCUCACUUAACAAAAUCAUUCAAUAAGAAGUUGGUAUCAAUUAACAAUACUGCUGACGAGGUUCGUGACAUUAUUAAAAAUCAAAGCUCUUAUUAAAUCGAAAAAGAAUUCAUUCAAGACAAAAAACUUCAUUUAACUUACUCAAACUAAUCACUCAUGUAUCAUGAUUGCUUACAACUGUUAUGAAUCAAAAUAAAACACAAGUGGAAUUGAUCAAUUGAUCGAUUUACAACUGUUAACAACAUUACAAUUGACAGAAUCUAAAAGCUAUGAUGGAGUAUAAAAUAAAUAUUAAUGGAAAAACAAAUGUCU